CUCCUCUCGCCCUCGAAAUCCGCUUCGACGCGUCCACCACUUGCGCCCGCGAUCACGUCGCGCUUCCACCGGCUCCGAUCUCCAUCCCUUUCUGUGUGAGGUCGGUCAUCAUGUUUGGGGGUGCGCCGGGGAGUGACCGUCCCGAUUACUAUGAGAUUCUUGGUGUUGCAAAGAGUGCAAACCAGGAUGAGCUGAAGCAGGCCUAUAAGAAGGCAGCCAUGAAGAAUCAUCCUGAUAAAGUUGGUGACGCUGAGAAAUACGAGGAGUUGUCUCAAGCAUAUGGAGUUCUCAGUGACCCUAAAAAGAGGGAAAUUGAUGAUAAAUACAGGAAAGAUGCCCUCAUGGGAGGUGGAGACACAUCUCAUAAUCCUUUUGAAAUAUGUGAACAUUUUUUUUGGAGGUGGCAACUCUAGACAUCACAUAUACCUAGAGAAGUGGUGAAGAUGUAGUUCAUAGCUAACGGUUUCUUUAGAAGACUUGUACAACGGGGCAUGCAAAAGGAUUUCCCGGUCGAGAAAUGUGCUAUGUCCAAAAUGCAUAGGGUUAUAGAUAAGUGGAAACUUGUAGCAAAACUACUAGUCCUUUGAUUGAUUCUACUUGUCCACGAAAGGCUCCAAGAGUGGGAAAUCAGAGACAUGCCAUUCAUGUCAAGGUAGAGGCUUGAAGAUUGUAACAAGAAUGCUUGGAUUAGGCAUGAUCCAACAAAUGCAACAUACGUACGAGCAAUACAGCAGCUCAGGUGAGAUCAUCGGCAGAAAGGAUAAGUGCCCUCGGUGCAAAGGAAAAAAGGUUAUCCAGGAGAAGAAGUUACUGGAGGUGCAAAGGAAUGCAACAUAGAAGAUUGUAAUCCGAGGAGGAGCUGAUGAAGUCCCUGACACAGUGACGGGACACAUUAUCGUCAUCGUACAACUCCAGGAGCAUCCGCAGUUCAAGAGAGCAUUUGGUGAUCUCUAUGUGGAACAUUGGCUCAGUCUGGCACAGGCAUUUUGUGCCUUCCACAAUUUGCUCUGACUCAUCUCAAUGGUAGACGGUUGCUCAUCCAGUUAAAUCCAGGGGAAGUCGUGAAACCUGUAAUCAACUGUGAAGGGAUGCCUUUACAUCAAGUUCCGGUGCCUUCUCACCUGAACAGUGCCGUUCUCUGCAUAAAAUUCUGCUUGCAAGCUUUAGCAGCCUAUCAGUUGUCUGACAUGAAGCUGAUAAACGUGAAGAAACCACUCCAUAUGAUGUUAGCAUCGGAGAACAAACGAGGAUAAGGCAGCAGCAGCGGCUAGAGGAGGAAGUUUCGGAUGAAGACAAGGAUAGAGCUGCACGCGUGCACUGUGCCCAGAGGUCUCUCGCUGGGCAUCAUGAGAGCCCAUCACAUUGCUAUUUAUGCUGCCACUCAUCAUUGCCCCCUCCUCCUCGAGCACCUUUUGGCUUCCUUCUCCCUCCAUGGAAGAAGAGUUACUCCUCCAAGAAUGUGAAGCUAACACCUGUUCUUCUUCUUCUUCUUCUUCUUCCUCCACCAUCACCUCCUCCUCAUCCUCGUCCUCCUUGUCCUCCAUGGCCACCUCUUGCUGCCCCAAUGCCUCACCGGAACUACCUGGUCAAAGCUCGAACAAGGAGAAGAAGACGUCUAAGAGUGGAUCCAAGAGACAGGCUCAGGCUGCUCCUGCUGGUGGUGGGGGUGGAGCCGAGAAGCGAAGCAAGGAUGGGAAGCAUCCGGUGUACCGUGGCGUUCGAAUGCGGAAUUGGGGCAAGUGGGUGUCGGAGAUCCGGGAGCCGAGGAAGAAGUCGCGGAUCUGGCUGGGGACGUUCCCGACGGCGGAGAUGGCGGCCCGGGCGCACGAUGUGGCGGCGCUGGCCAUCAAGGGCCAGUCGGCGCACCUCAAUUUCCCAGAAUUGGCCGCCGAGCUGCCGCGGCCGGCCACCGCGGCUCCCAAGGACGUCCAGGCCGCGGCAGCCCUCGCCGCCGCGGCCACAUUCUGUGGGCCAUGCACGACCUCCCAGUGCUCGGCCCCGGACCAGGCCGAGCAGCCGGACCCCACGACGCCGCCGAGCGGCGACGACGACGCGCUCUUUGACCUGCCAGAUCUCUUCCUCGGCCUAAGAGAAGGAUUCUGCUACUCCUCCUCGUCUUCUUCUUCUGCAUGGCUGCCCUCCACGGAGGAAGACGGCGUCGAGUUCCGAAUCGAAGAACCAUUCCUUUGGGAAGACAAUUAACCUGCGCAACCCAAUGCAUGCAUGCAUCCAUCCAUAUCCCUUCUGUCCACCACCAAUGGCGUGAGCAACGGAAGCAACACGUGCACCGUCCACCAUGAGCUUCCUCCUCAACUGCAACUGGAAAGCAGAGUCCAAAUCCACAAGCUCUGCAACUCUUCUACCUGAAUUACUCAUCCGCUCUGCACGAUCGAAUGGUCAAACAACAAUAAUGAGGCAGGAACACAUGUUUACUUUCUUGCAUCACAAGUUAGUCUGCGAUGGCAGGCAGGCAUCGAUAUGAGUGUGAAUAAGCUUUGAAUUCAUGUGUAUGUGAAUAAAGAACAGGAUUCAAAGGCGAUGGUCGUCGUUGCUAUCUCCCCUUUUGCUGAAUUGGAAAGCAUUUGCUCUGAUCA